CCCGCCCCUGCGCGUCUGGUAGCCUAGCAACAAGCGGCCUCGGCUAAGACCAGAGGGGAGUUCAGCACAACAGAGUGUUGGAAACCAGCUUUUAUACAGACAACACUACUUAUGUGCUGAAGACUACAGAAAUAAUGCCCCAUGCCAAGUGCCAAGUACUGAAAAUAAAUGGAUGUUCUUUGAAAGUUCCCAAGCCGUUGAAACACUAUGGCUCUACUUUUGGAAAUCAUGAAUCAAAAUCACACAUAAUAGUGAGGAGUGAUCCCAUGACAGCAGAGAAAGCCUAUGUCAACAAAUCUAUCCAGGCUUCUUUAGACAAAGAGGAGAAUAUUCUGGAAAAGUUUAAAAGCUUGCAAAAGGACAAUCUGCAACUGAAGAGCACCCUAAAAGAGAAGGAUUCAACUAUAUCAAGAUUAAGGAAAAUAACUAAAAACCAGGCUGCUGAAUAUAACACAGCCAUUGAGUUAGAGAAAGAACAUCAGAAAGAAACAGAGAAGCAAUUAGAAGAAUCAGAACAUUUAGUGAAGGAGAAGGUCCAGUUGCUCGACGAAACCAUACGGUACUAUACAAAGAUACUUCAAGAACAGCACACACAGCAUGCAGAACUGGUGUCUGAAAUGAAAAAGCAGAAUGCGGUAGAUAUAAGAAACAGAGAGGAAAAAAUUGCCAGGCUAAGACAAUGCAUUUCAAAUACCUUCCAGGAAAAGUCCCGGGAACAUCAUCAACAGAUGGAGGAAUUAAGGAGAGAGCUAAAUAAAUUUAUAGAAAAAACUCGCAUUCUUAAACAAAAGCUUGACAAAGAAAUCAGUUCAAAAAAGGAAUUUAAUCACUGCAAACAUCAGAAACUGUAACUGGAAUAUCUUUGAAAGGGGAUGAAAGUCACAUUCAUAUUCUUCAGUCAUUUUGUACAAAAAAUUUUGACCACACAAUUACUGUAAGUAAACAGAUGAUGACCCACAUCAAAUUCCUGCUCAGGAUUCUCUAAAGCAUACAGAAGUCUGAACACUGAGAACUGCUGUUGAUCCUAAAAACAUAGUUAUUCAGCUGUACAAAAAGUUUAACAAAUCAUGGGAUGCUUUAUAUUAUACACAGGAUUUUCUCAGAACAAUAACAUACUAACAAGCAAUUCUCAGUUGUUUUUGUGUGAACUUGUGAAAAGUUGUUGUCCCUACAAACUAUGUCAUCUAAAAAAACUUGAUGCUUUUGUCUGCGUAAUUCAAAUUCUAAAUUCAUGUCUUAAUCUCAAAUAAUUCACAACAUAUAAUAAUUAUGUGAUUUAUGCAGUAUUAUGGUUGUGGGGGAAAUUAUAUUGGUAAGAUCACCAAAAUUAUGACUUUCUGAACAUAAGAGUACCAUGGUAUACAAAAGAGUUGGGGAACAUUCCUCUGGUGGAACAUUUCUUAGAUUGUAAGCAUAACCCACAGACUUCUUGUUUUGGAUCGUAUAUAAAUCAGACUGACAGGAUGUCAGAAUGCUAUUGAUCAAAGAAGCUGAGUGGAUUCUGAGCUUAACAACUUUGCAUACUAACAGCCCCAUCCAAGCAGCCAGGCAGCCGGGUGUGGGUGCACCGCCACACUACUCCCAUAGAGGCUUCCUGGCGGCAUGAGAAGGCUUGCAAAGCAAAAAAGCCUUCCUGCCAUGGAGAAGCCCCUAUGGAGCUCAGUAGACUUAUGCCACCUUUUUGGUGGCUGCUAGCAUAAGGUGGUGAAUGGCCCAGAGGAAGCUGACUCCUCUCCUAGCCUGUUCCUGCUACGCUGGCAGCAGAGGCACUGGGGCGUUGGUGUGGCAUCUGGCAUGGCAUCCCAGCACCAGGGAGAGCUUCAGUGGCCGCAUGCUGGUGGAUUCGCCCUGCUACCAGGGCAAGUGCCCAAGCUAAGGCAAAUCCACCAGCACAGCCAUGCGCUGCUCCCAUAGGCAGAUUCACACACAUCCCUUUGGAUGGGGCCAUAAGGGGUUAAAUGAGAACGUUUUUUGGCAGACUCACUUUUGCAUUAAUGCAUGCAUGGGGAUAUUACUAAAAAGAAUCUGAAAAGUCUGUACUAAUGAACAUUAAUUCAAAAUGAGAGUUCUUUGUACAUUUGCAAUACAUAGUACACAUUGUUGUUUAAUUUUCCUCAACGCUAACAUGCAAUUAGAUACUACAGUCUGUGCAUGUUUUGUAGAUUGCCCAAUGUAUAACUUUUAUAUAUGAUUUCUUAAAAAAUGUUUUAAAUAAUGUAUCACAUAUGUUUACAUUAUUAUUUUGUGUUAUUUUCUCAUUUAUUAGAUUCUCCCUGGCAAAACUGCAUGCAAAAUGUGCAAGGGUUGUAAAAAUUAUUUUUAAAAAUUGUUUCCUACUGUAUUAUUUGUUUCUUUGCUUUAAUUUCACAUUAAGUCAUUUUAAGCAUUAUUUCUGGAUUAAAAAUUACUUAAGUGACUAUAUUUCUGUGAAUGUGCAUGAGAAAGAUAUUGCCAGAAUUUAUAAUAAAUUUCCCACU